AUGGGAGAGAUCUCGCCUUACGAUCCUGUCGGCGAACAGCAACAUGUCGCUCUGCUGCCGACCUUCUCCUCCGUGGAUCAGAACGAGACGUUCCCGACGAACGACACCAAUCAUCCGAUCGAGUUGACGGCACGACAGCAGGAACUUCUGAACAAUAUCCUUCUGAAGAUGAAUAUUGUUGCCAUCGACGAAAGCUCGCUCAUCUGCCUACUGGUCGCAUACUCGAUUCUCAUCAUGACCGGUGCCUGUGGCAACGGGCUCGUCUGUUUGGCGGUCUUUCGGAAGGCGGCAAUGCGCACAGCACGCAACGUUUAUAUCAUCAAUCUGGCAGUUAGCGAUCUCAUCCUGUGCUUGUUCACGAUGCCCUUCACUCUUGUCGAGAUAGUGUUGCGCUUUUGGCCCUUAGGAAAGAGUACAUGCAAGCUGGUGGCGGGCCUAGAAGCGAUCAGUAUUUUUGUGUCUACCAUAUCGAUCACAGCCAUAGCGAUCGACAGAUAUCAAGUUAUCGUUCAUCCGUCACGUGAGCAAUUCAGACCAAAAGUGUUGUUCUUGACGAUUUCGUCGAUAUGGCUUUUCGCACUGGUGCUCGCCAUCCCUCUGUUCUAUUCGAAGGACGUCGAACACAAAGUGAUCCCAGCGAACACGCGCAACAUCCUACGUCAGCACGGCUUCCAGAGCGAAAUGACGUCCUUCGAUUACUGCGUGGAAAAUUGGGAUCAUCCCCGAGGAAGGUUCUACUAUUCGAUCUUCGUACUCGUGAUUCAAUACGUGCUACCCAUCGUAAUCGUCAGCUGGGCGUACGCACGUAUCUGUAAGAAACUUCACUCUCGCAUGCUGAGUAAAGGCACCAAGCUCGAGGAGAAACUUCUGCAGGAGCAGAAACGGGUUCAGCGCACCAAUAAACUGCUCAUAUCGAUCACGGUCAUCUACAUCUUGAGCUGGUUGCCACUCAAUACUCUGAAUGCGUACCUCGACUAUUUUGUGACCGAGAGCGACCCAGCCUCGAACAAGAUACUGUUCGCGUGCUGCCAUAUGUGCGGUAUGAGCUCCGCCUGUUCGAAUCCGUUCCUCUACGGCUGGCUAAACGACAAUUUCCGUAAAGAAUUCAAGGAAAUUCUCGGGAAAUGUUUCGGGAGCCACAAGAUGCAGAGUGCCGUUCGGAACACGACAACCGACGACACAAGGAUGCGAAAGGAUCAGAUAAGUAAAGUGAACACGGCCCUCGUCCAAGACGUGACCUCGCCCGACUCAAAGCCAAAAGUUUCCUCGGUGCCAGCCAUUGAGCACAGUGACGGGAGUCCUGUGUGA